AGUAAUAUUCUGUUCUGUUUUCCUUUUUUUCUUUCCUACUUUUUUCUUUAAUUUUUAAAAAUCUCUUACAUUUACCUCUAAAAGUACACACUGCGCGAAUCUUCCCCUCCUCGAAUCUUCUUCAUUGUGUAACCAGAAAUGGAGAGAAAAGUAAGCAAAAUCCGUCUUGCCUCUGAAGCCCAUAUAAUUCAUUUUCUACAAGUGUCUUGGGAGAAAACACUAGGAUCUGGUUUUGUUAUUACACUUACUGAUGGUCAGUCAGCAUGGACUGGGACAGUUUCUGAAUUGGCAAUUUCCCAAGAAGCUGAUGACAUGGCAAUGGAAAGAGAAAAAUAUGUGGAUGAACUAAGAAAAGCAUUGGUGUCAGGACCAGGACCAAUGAAUACAUACAAGUUUGAUUUUUCUAAAGAAUCUUGUCAUUUCUAUUUUGAGAAAAACCUGAAAGAUGUUUCAUUUAGAAUUGGAUCCUUUAAUCUAGAGGAAGUAGAAAGCCCAGCUGAGGUCAUCAGAGAACUUAUUUGUUACUGCCUGGACACCAUUGCUGAAAACCAAGCCAAAAAUGAGCACCUGCAGAAAGAAAAUGAAAGGUUUCUGAGAGAUUGGAAUGAUGUUCAAGAACGGUUUGAAAAAUGUGUGAGUGCCAAAGAAGCCUUGGAGACUGAUCUCUAUAAACGGUUUAUUCUGGUGUUGAAUGAGAAGAAAACAAAGAUCAGAAGCUUACACAAUUUAUUAAAAGAAGUUCAAGAAUUGGAAAAGAAUGCUGAAGAUGAAAGGGAAAACAAAGAAAUAACUGCUGACCAAGGUGCAAUCUAUGAUGAAAGCACUGAUGAGGAAAGUGGACACAUGUCUGAAUCCUCUGUAUUGGCUCAAGCCACUUUAAGUAAAGAUGACUCCAUUAUUUCAAGUCCUGAUGUCACUGAUAUUGCACCAAGUAGAAAGAGGAGGCAGCUAAUGCAAAAAAAUCUUGGGACUGAACCUAAAAUGACUCCUCAGGAGCUUCAACUUCAAGAGAAAGAAAAGCUUGAUUCUUCACUACCUGAGACGUUGAAAAAGGAGCACAUCUCAGCUGAAAACAUGUCUUUAGAAACACUAAGAAAUAGCAGUGCAGAAGACCUCUUUGAUGAGAUUUAGCAGUUUCAAAAAGUACUUUGAUGUUCACUAGACUGUGUUUUCUCUUCAUUUCUUUAAAAUGAAAAGGCAAAAUUUCAACUAAAUAGCAACUGUUAGUGUACUUUAUGACUUAAUUACAUGUACAUCUAGUUGAAGCCAUUGUGCAAAGUGGAUUACACAUGUAUAUGAAGAUGUAAUUUGAUGACAGUGGAACAUUAUUCCAAACUAUUCUUUCGAUGUGUCUAUAAUUACAUGACAUCUCAGACUUGGCUUGCAAAGGCACAUUUAAUAUGUUCUUUCACACACAUUAUAUGUGGUAACCAUCUAAUGUCCUAUCUAGGAAGAUUAUGGAAAUAAGACAAAGAAAAUAUCCUUUUAAAAUGUCUGUAGCUCUUUUUGAAUAAUCAUAUUCUAAACAAUAUGUUUGAGCAUCUCAGUUUGUGGUGUGGUAUAUAAAUUAUAUCUUUAAGUUUGUAUGUUAAUAGUCUGAAAUCCUCAGAAUAAAAUUUUUGAUACAUUGAAAAUUUGUGUUCUUAAUAAAAUGUUAUUUAGCUCAACUUUUCCCUUUAUUAUAGUAACAUAUCUUUUAAAAGUACUUACUAAUGUAAAUUUAAACCUCUUUUGUGUCAAAAUAAAAAAGCAUAUUUUCAAGGA